CCAUCAGGAGCCAUUUUGUACACAGAUCACUAACAUACAUGUAAACUCCAUCUCUCGGCGCAGCGGUAGACUCGGAUAGUCUAGUAGAGCGCAAACCUGGAAUAUCUCUUAGCUAGCAAACGGAAUCAGGACCAAACUCCGGAAAUUGUGAAUUUACWAGUGCACACGGGUUACUAAACAGUUUUGUCUUUCUCUAACCGUCCCGCUAAGGUGUUGUGCCGCCACGGCAUUACCGAGGCUACCCACCGACACGCUGUGGGUAGAUGGACCGGAGAAGCCAGUGGUUAUUAAGUAUUGUGGCAUCGGACUGAUGUCGGGACGAUCUCCGGUUUAAAUGUUCGCGACGGGAAAAGAAGGAGAAAGUCGUCCCUGUCUUCUAUCAAUACGAGAACAUCAUGGCUUUUUCCUGGCUGACUUGUUCACUWCUUCUGGGAACUUUGUGUGCAGGCUGGGGCCAUGGUGAUGUGGAGACCAGAGAUUGUGUGUACUACAAUGAUAACUGGCGUACAGAGCGUACCAACCAGAGUGGUGUGGAGAGGUGUGAGGGGGAGAAGGAUAAACGACUACACUGCUACUCCUCCUGGCUCAACGUCUCAGGAACCAUCAAACUGGUGAAGAAAGGCUGCUGGCUGGAUGACUUCAACUGCUAUGACAGGGAGGAGUGUGUGUCCAUGGAAGAGAACCCCCAGGUUUUCUUCUGCUGCUGUGAGGGGAACUACUGCAAUGAGAGGUUCACACACCUGCCUGACCUCGUCGCCGCCGGCAACAGAGUGAAAAUCCGCCCUCCUCCCAGAGUGCCGUCUCUGUUGAAUAGCCUGGUGUACAGUCUGCUAUCUCUGUGUGUUCUGUCUCUGACCCUGCUACUGGCCCUGUGGAUGUACCGACAGCGCAAACCACCAUACGGACAUGUUGACCUCCUUGAGGACCCUCGGCAAACCCCUCCCUCUCCCAUGGUGGGGCUGAAGCCGCUGCAGUUACUGGAGGUSAAGGCAAGGGGGCGCUUCGGCUGUGUGUGGAAGGCUCAGCUGAUGAGUGAAUACGUGGCUGUAAAGGUCUUCCCUGUUCAGGAUAAGCAGUCGUGGCAGAAUGAGAGAGAUAUCUUCCUGACUCCUGGUAUGAGACAUGAGAACCUGCUUCGUUACAUCGCUGCAGAGAAACACGGCAGCAACAUGGAGACGGAGCUCUGGCUCAUCAUGGAGUUCCAUGAACGGGGUUCGUUGACUGACCAUCUGAAGGACAGUACGGUGACCUGGUCUGAGAUGUGUCACAUUGCUGAGACUAUGUCCCGUGGCCUGGCUUACCUCCAUGAAGACACACCCAUCAACAAGGGAGAAGGUCCCAAACCCACCAUCGCACACAGGGACUUUAAGAGUAGAACGUGAUGUUGAGACAUGAUCUGACAGCCAUCAUCGGAGACUUUGGUCUGGCGGUCCGGUUCUGAGCCGGGGAACCUCCAGGAGACACACAACG